CUGCCUUAUUGUUUUGAUUUAGCAGAUUGUGAUUUCGUGUGAAUUGUAGCAAGUGGAUUGACCGAAAGAAUUUUUGAACUUGUAGUUUUGCUGAGGAUUUACUAAAACACGUACAGACGAUGUAAAUAAUUGCAGUGUCGAUCAGAUACGCGGCGUUUCUGUUGACUAAGAUGCUUUCUCCACGAUAAGGUAACGUUAGCUUUGUGGCUAACGUAGCGUACGUAGCUUUGGUAACAACAUGACGACGAUGAGGAGCGGUGUGUAGGAGCGACCGACCAGACAUCGGAUCGCGCCGAUUCUCUGCUCGUCGAUCGCAUAUUCCUAGGGUUAUCCUGUCUUUGUGUCUGAAUAGCUACAAAACGGCUUUUCCAACCCAAAAAACUAUAUUGGUCAUAUUUAACUAACAAGUUAUAUUCGCAGAGUAUUUGUAGGUUGGACCUUUGCAUCACUUUCUUUCAAUGGGUGAGGAAAAGCCGGACACGCUUGACUUUGUGAAGGAUUUCCAGGAGUAUCUGAGCCAGCAGACUCAGCAUGUCAACAUGAUAUCAGGCUCUGUCAGCGGCGUCAAGGAGGCAGACGAGCUGCCACCAGACUGCAGUCAGAAUGGACUGGAUCACCCCUCAGUGGACAUGUCCCUGGAGGACAGCUCAGGGAUCCUGGUGGAUGGUUUUGAGAGGACAUAUGACGGGAAGCUCAAGUGCCGCUACUGCAACUAUGCCACUAGAGGCACAGCAAGACUCAUUGAACACAUUCGAAUUCACACAGGAGAGAAACCUCACCGCUGCCACCUGUGCCCAUUUGCUUCGGCCUACGAGCGCCACCUGGAGGCCCACAUGCGAUCACACACAGGUGAGAAGCCUUACAAGUGUGAGCUGUGCUCCUUCCGCUGCAGUGAUCGUAGCAACUUGUCGCACCAUCGCCGUCGACGCCACAAACUCCUGCCAAUGAAAGGUGCUCGCUCCCUUUCCCAUAAGAAGAUGCUUAGCGUUUUACAGAAGAAGGCCAGCUCACUGGGCUAUGGCCGCCGACUCCUCAUCAACUUCAGCCCCCCUUCUAUGGUGGUGCACAAGGCUGACAAUGUGAACGACUUCUCCCAUGAGCUGCCCCACUUGCGUCAGGAGACCUAUGAUAAUCAGAAUCGAGCAAUCGAGGACGGGCACUCCACGAGUCAAAAUCACCAUCACCAUGAUAUGGUUAUGGAUAACCCCCUGAACCAGCUGUCCACCCUGGCAGGCCAGUUGGCCAGCCUCCCUUCAGAGUCUCAGCCCCAGACUCAACCUCCCAUGUCUCCAGGAGCAGAGUCUAUCGUCGAUGAGAAGCCGUUCCUCAUCCAACAGCCCCACCCUGCCACAGCUCCUGUGGCAGUGACAGCCAGCAUGGCCCAUGCCUCCUCCUCUUCCCCAAUCACCCCGGAGCCUCGGGCUCCUCCCCACAGCAAUUGCAGCCCUGUAGGUGGACCCUGCAGCGAGCACAGUGGGCGCACCAGUACCCCUAGUAUCUCAAACAGCCAACCUAGUACGCCGGCCCCAGGCCUGUCCGCCCCCCUCCAGGACCCCCACAUGCUGCAUCACUGCCAGCACUGUGACAUCUACUUCCCAGACAACAUCCUUUACACCAUCCACAUGGGCUGCCAUGGCUACGAGAACCCAUUCCAGUGCAACAUCUGCGGCCACAAGUGCAAGAGCAAGUAUGACUUUGCCUGCCACUUUGCCCGUGGGCAGCACAAGUGAUGGAUGAACGAGGAAAUGUUUGACAAAACUUUUAACGGACAGCUUUGUUUUAUUAAUUCCAUAGUAAUUUUAUUUAUUGGUCUUUUACUUGGCCUUGAUGUAGCCUAGCCUUUGAAGGUUGUACUUAUAGAGGAAAAUGUCAACAUUGAGAUGGUUUCAUUUUGUAUGGUGCCCAUUCAAGUGUAUUACAAAGGGAUGAUCAGUGUUUUCAACAGGUUGAGAAUUUAUUUAUGGUGGUGGAGUUACGCUCGCAUGCCGCCAAGUUCCCUGCUCACUCACACAAAAUGUAAUGCUGUUGUUGUGUUGGCGCUUCCCUUAAGUACAUGAACUUAACUGAUUGGCAAAACUUUCAGAGCUAUCUUUCAGUGCAAUAUCACACUACACUAAGGUAACUGUGACAACAAUGGCUUUUUUUUUGCUUUUGUUUAAAUGGCUUCACAUCAGACUGAGGUGAAUGAAAAGGAAUGGAAGGAAUUUAUUCAGCAAUCUAAAACCAUCUUAUGAAUAUAUUAAAUGAUAACGGCCAUACUAGAAUACUGAAUGUCGCUCACCUGAGCCUUACAAGGGAGUUAUGUGUGGGGCAAAAAGCGGAGGAAACUUGUUUUUUUGCAGGGCAAUUCUGAAUGGGCCACCCAAAUAAAUUCUCAACACUCCUGGAACUAUAUCUGAAGAUUGCUCUUAAGAUACUAACACAGGAGUGCAACUGUUAGCCGAGAGAGAUCUUACUUAAGCCUUGUUGAAAUUAUUUCAGUGCUUGGUGCAUUAGUGCUAUUUAUUUGCAGUGCCUGACAUAGUCACUUUCUUGUGUGUCCAAGAUAGAGAGGACUGUUAUUUUGAAGAUUAGUGGAUAUUUUCACAAUAUCCUCCUCUUACUGUAAUGAAUAGGCACAGAACCUUAAAAAAAUCAAGUUUAGUCAUUCUAGUUUUCUAUAGUAGCAAUGAUUUUUUUUUAUUUAUUUGUUUGUUUGUUUGUUUCUGUUUUUGUUUUUGUUUUUUUGCCAAAAUUCUGCUCCAUGAUUGCUGCUAAGAAACGUUGGGAUCAAAACUAUGUGGAUGGCAUCCACAGUUCAACCUGGCCAGACCUUCUGUCACUGGUUUUUGGUCAGCCAGCCAAGUUGUUAAACUAGAUUUUGUAGAAGUCGUGUUGUUUUGAAGUCCCUCCGCACAGUGCCCUUCUUUGACCAGCAUCAUGGUAACUUCACUCCUUUUGUUAAAAGGGUUUUGCAUAAUCUUUUCAAUGCAUCAUGUCUCAUUCUGAUCUUUUGAUAUUAUAUGAAGUCACUUUGAUAUCCAGUGUCUCCAUGUUUAGGACAGAAUCUCCAAGUCUUGUGUCUCAUGUGAACACUUUCAGAAUUGCCACGUAGCACUGGGGAUGCCACGUUUUAGCCUCUGUGACAACAAACGCUGAGAUUCCCCAUUUAUCAUAUGGAUCCCAGUGCUUUUCUGAAUAUUAACUGAGUAUUGUAUUGAGUGGUUGGAUAGAUGUUCAGUGUCAAAAAAGCAAAAUCAUGUUGCAGUAAGACUGCUACUUUAGCAAGAUUGUUCUUUGUCUUGGGUACUGUUGUCUGUUGCUUAGCAACAUGCGUGGAGAACAUAGUUACUGUUUUUAGGACCACUUCUUUGUCACCAUGCUUACCAGUAAUAGGGGCAUCCAGUAAUGACUGCCUUACGUUCUGUCAUUGUGUCGUAGGUUCAGGUAAUGGUGAAUGUUGAAGCCUUUUGGAGAUCACUCUCUCCCUCUGGGGUGGCAAAUCAUUUUAUUGUGACAUGGAUUCAUCUGACUAAUUUAUAAGUAAAGUG